UGACGUCGGCGAGCGGAGGCUCCUCUUCUGGCUGCGGAGUGAGACGCGGACACGGCAGCUCGGAGGCAGCUCGGUCGGUCCAACUCUCUGCAGCAUCAUGGCUCCUAUCGGAUUAAAGGCGGUGGUCGGAGAAAAGAUUAUGAACGAUGUGAUCAAGAAGGUGAAGAAGAAGGGAGAAUGGAAGGCUCUGAUCGUGGACCAGCUGAGCAUGAGGAUGUUGUCCUCCUGCUGCAAGAUGACAGACAUCAUGACAGAGGGCAUCACCAUUGUGGAGGACAUCAACAAGCGACGAGAGCCCCUCCCCAGCCUGGAGUCCAUUUACCUGAUUACACCCACAGAGAAGUCCGUCCACACGCUCAUCGCAGACUUCAAAGACCCUCAUCCGGCGAAAUACAAGGCAGCCCAUGUUUUCUUCACCGACUCCUGCCCUGAUCCGCUUUUCAACGAGCUGGUCAAGAGUCGGGCGUCCAAAGUCAUCAAGACUCUGACAGAGAUCAACAUCGCCUUCUUGCCCUACGAGUCUCAGGUGUACUCUCUGGACAACCCAGACGCCUUCCACAGUUUCUACAGCCCACAUAAGACCCAGCUGAAGAACCCGGUGAUGGAGAGGCUGGCGGAGCAGCUGGCCACGCUCUGCGCCACCCUGAAGGAAUACCCCGCCGUCAGAUAYCGAGGGGAGUAUAAGGACAACGCCACUCUGGCCCAGCUGGUUCAGGACAAACUGGACGCCUACAAGGCUGAUGAUCCAACCAUGGGCGAGGGUCCUGAUAAGGCUCGCUCACAGCUGAUCAUCCUGGACCGAGGUUUUGACCCGGUGUCACCUGUCCUGCACGAGCUCACCUUCCAGGCCAUGGGCUACGACCUGCUGCCCAUCGAAAACGACGUCUACAAAUAUGAGACCAGCGGCAUCGGAGACUCUCGUAUGAAGGAGGUGCUCCUGCAUGAAGACGACGAUCUGUGGGUCAGCCUGAGACACAAACACAUCGCCGAGGUUUCCCAGGAAGUGACRCGCCAGCUGAAGGAGUUCUCCUCCAGCAAGAGGAUGAACACCGGAGAGAAGACCACGAUGAGGGAUUUGUCCCAGAUGUUGAAGAAGAUGCCUCAGUACCAGAAGGAGCUCAGCAAGUACUCCACUCACCUGCAGCUGGCUGAGGACUGCAUGAAGCACUACCAGGGCACCGUGGACAAGCUGUGCCGCGUGGAGCAGGAUUUGGCCAUGGGCACGGACGCCGAAGGAGAGAAGAUCAAAGACCCCAUGAGGGCCAUCGUGCCYAUCCUGCUGGACGCCAACGUCAGCACGUACGACAAGAUCCGCAUCAUCCUGCUCUACAUCUUCCUCAAGAACGGCAUUACAGAGGAGAACCUGAACAAACUGAUCCAACACGCUCAGAUUCCUCCGGAGGACAGUGAGAUCAUCACCAACAUGGCUAACCUGGGCGUCCCCAUCGUCACAGACUCCACCCUGCGCAGAGGAAAGAAGCUGGACAGGAAGGAGCGCGUGAGCGAGCAGACCUAUCAGCUGUCCCGUUGGACACCCCUGAUCAAAGACAUCAUGGAGGACGCUAUCGAGGACAAGCUGGACACUAAGCACUACCCUUACAUCUCCACCCGCUCCUCUGCCUCUUUCAGCACCACUGCAGUCAGUGCUCGAUAUGGACACUGGCACAAGAACAAGACACCUGGAGAGUACCGCACCGGUCCGCGGGUCAUGGUCUUCAUCAUCGGCGGCGUGUCCUUCAGCGAGAUGCGCUGUGCCUACGAGGUCACGCAGGCCAACGGGAAGUGGGAGGCCAUCAUCGGAUCGACCCAAAUCUUCACUCCCACCAGCCUGCUGGAGCAGCUGAAGGCCAUGAACAAACCAGACGAGGAAGUGACGAGCUAAAACCCUUCGAUUGCAUCACUCCUCUCACCCUCCAUCCUCCCCAACCAAACCCAGUCCAUCACGUGUAUGCAUCGUGCUUGAGGGGGGGAAAAAGAUAUCUGAGAAGAUUUAAAAAAUAUAUAUAUCAAAGAAUAAAAUGUUGCAAGUAUUCAUGUUUUACAAUGGAAUCAAACAAAACUUAUUUAAAGAUGUUAAAUAUCAGAGAGAUUACAUUGUUUGCGGAUUAUAAAUCCUAAAAUGUGCAAAAAGGUAGACAUUUUGUCCCUUUGGCUUACCUCUCUGGUGUAAGUUUUACUGUAAGCAGGUGGAAGAGGGGGGGUGUGCACUUUUAGAGGUUCACACUGUAAAAUAUACAUGCAAUAUAAAAUAUGAAAACAUAUAUUUCCAUCAGAGAGGAGCGCUCUCCACCCAUUGAGAUGUUUGUAUUUAGUAGCAUGCUUUGGACUUGUGUGCACCAUGUGUCUGUAUCGAGGGCGGGUGUUGAGUGAGGCAGAGUUAGCGCUAGGCUAAUGAGACGCUAAAAGAUGAAUUUUUCACCAACAACUUCGGUUUUAAGUAUCAAAUUAAAAAUAAAMGCUUUGAAACUGUUUAACAACUUGGUUGUCAUGUUAAAAUCAGCCAUGUUUUUGUUUUGAAAUGUAGCUUAUUUGCUGGCAUUAGCAAUAAUAGCUAGUUAGCUGCUAGCUAACUAAGCUAGUCACCUGCGUCUUUUUUUCUUUUUCCACCAACUUUAGUCUUAAGAAUCAAAUAAAAAAAUAUGAAGUUUUGUUUUAACAGUUCAGUCAUGUUAAAAUGACUGAUAUUGUAUUUAUUUUUGCAAAACUUUGUUUGCUACCUGACAUUAACAAAAAUAGCUAGUUAGGUACAAGCUAGCUAACUAAGCUAGCUUCUUUUUUCAUCUUACAACUUUGGUUUUAAGCAUAAUUUUUUAAAAACAUUUUAACAAUUCAGUUAUAUUAAAAUCAGCCAUAUUUUUAUUUAAAAAUAUAAUUCAUUCGAUGACUGGCAUUAACAGAAAUAGCUAGUUAGCUGCUAGCUAACUAAAAUAGCCGCUCGCUGUUUUUUUUUCCUACCAACUUUGUUUUUAAGUAUCAAAAAUAUUUUAAACUUUAACAACUUAGUUAAAAUCAGUUAUACUUUUAUUUAGAAAUUUAAUUUGUUUGCUAACUGGCAUUAGCAAAGAUAGUUAGCUGAUAACUAGCUAGCUAACUAAGCUAGUCACGCUAAGUUCCUUUAGCCAUAUUGUUAAAAUGUUACUGUUUGGAGAAUGUUAAACAUAACAUGGAUUAAAAUUAUUUAAAUGUUUACAGAUGUUAAUUCAAGAGAUAUAUUGAUAGUUUAUUUAAAUUUUAAUCAACUGUUGCCACUUUACACAUGAUACUUAAAACAAGUUCUUGGCUUAAGCUUUCACCCAAAAAAUAAAGAAAGAAAGAAAUGCUUGAAAAGAAGGAAAAUUUAAACCUAAAUUUAAAGAGUUACAUGUAAGAUAAAAUAAUCCCUCCUUUGACUGCCCUCUGUUGUAUUUUCCUGCAUCAACCUUAAAAAAAAGAUAGAAAAUGAAGUUUUCCUGUUAAAAAGGCUUGCUGAUGUUGAAUUCUGCACAAGGUCCGGUUGUAUUUCAGUAUUAUAAUCUGUCAGAUUAAGGUCUUAUCGUUGGUUAGUAAUGUUUUUUGGGCCAUGCACUGAAUAGUGUUGUGUAUAUGUUGCUGUUUUAGUGUCUUACUGUUUGAUGGUGACUUUUUUUAAACUGUGCAGUAGUGAAACUUUUCUUUUAAAACGCUAACGUGAAGCCACCGUGUUUGUGAUGUUUAGCUGUAGCCGUUUAGUGGUCAACCAAGUAAAUAUUUAUAUUUUUCUUUGACGGUUUUCUCCUCUGGUGCGAUGUAACCCCCUCACCCCAACGGUGAAUGGCUUUGCAAGAAAAAAAAGUUUCCUAUUUUGCCUUUUUCCUGGCCAAACCAGUUGUUUAUUGCACUAUAAUGCAUUUGUGUGAUGCAAACACUUGAGUUUGUUUACUUUUUGUUAUAAUUUGCUGUUGUAAAGGGUUUAUUCUGCCAAAUAAGUUGAUUUUUAUUUAUUUAUCAGAAACCGUCUGUCCUACCGCUGUCUUACAUAUUGGGAUUGUAUGUUUGCGAGUGUCGAAGCACAAACAGUACUUCCAUGUGAACCUGAUAUGUAAAAGACUGUCUAAUAAAUUAGCUUCCAUUAUA